AUGGCGUCCGAGUUCCUCCAGAAUGUGCCCCUCCCAUCAAUUGAGCGCCCUUUCGGCGUGCACCUGUGGCCGCUCUUCGAUAAAGCCUUCGAGCAGGUGAAGGGAUACCCCGCCAGCGAAUUCAAGUUCCAGGAGGGCGUUACCGCCAUGUCCACCCUUAAGGAGACCGCGAUCAUGCUCGUCACAUACUACAUCGUCAUUUUCGGCGGUCGCGAAGUGAUGAAGAACUUCCCUGCCUUCAAGCUGAACACUCUUUUCAUGCUUCACAACCUAGUUUUGACCAUCAUCAGUGGUGUUUUGUUGGUUCUGUUCUUGGAGCAGUUGAUCCCCACCCUUUGGAACCACGGUGUUUUCUACGCUAUCUGUGAUUAUAACGGUGGAUGGACUCAGCCCCUCAUUGUGCUGUACUACCUCAACUACCUCAACAAGUACUGGGAGUUCAUUGACACCGUUUUCCUCGUCCUCAAGAAGAAGCCCCUAACCUUCCUCCACACCUACCACCACGGUGCCACUGCCCUUCUGUGCUACACUCAACUCAUUGGUUUGACUGCCGUGCAAUGGGUUCCCAUCACCAUCAACCUGCUAGUCCACGUUGUUAUGUACUGGUACUACUUCCAGAGCGCUCGCGGUGUUCGCAUCUGGUGGAAGAAGUACAUCACCAUGCUUCAGAUUCUCCAGUUCGUCAUUGACGUUGGCUUCAUCUACUUCGCCUCUUACACCUACUUCACCUCCACCUACUUCGCAUGGGCACCCAACAUGGGUCACUGCGCCGGUGAGGAGUUCGCCGCUUUCGCCGGUAUCGCCAUUAUCACCUCCUACCUCUUCCUCUUCAUCGGUUUCUACAUUGCCACCUACAAGAAGGAGGUCAAGGUCGGCCGCCCUCGUCGCAACACUGGCAAGAAGUCUCUUAUCGACAUGCGCAACUUCGAGAUCCCCUCCCCUGCCGCCGGCGCCAACGGUACCGCUACCUCUACUGGCCGCUCCAACGGCCCCGUCACUCGCUCCCGCAAGGCCUAA